AUGAGUUUAGAGAUUCUCGAUUAUCUCAAACAGGAGAAUUAAUAAUUAUAAGAGCAAGUUUGUGAGCUCUAAGGAUUACUAUAAUUAAAUAAGUAAGCUUUAAAGGUUUUGAUGCCUUAAACUAGUGAUGAAUAACAUAAGGGACUAUUAACAGUAUUAAAGAAUUUGUAAGAAGAGAAUGAAACAUUACAAUUAAAAAUUGAGAAAUUAGUUAAAGAGCGUAAUGAAGCUCAAUGUGAUUAAUUGAUCAAUUAAUAAAUUACAGAAUAAGUAUAAAGAUAAGAGAAAGAAUUAAUUGCAUAAUUAUAAUAAAAAAUGUAAGGCAUGUAAGAAAAUUUGAUGUCUGCUGAAAGUAAAUUAGCAAAGAUGGAAGAAUUAAAACCAGAAUAUGAUGAAAUUGCUUGA